AUGGCACGAGCCAUGGAAGAGAAAGAGGAGCAAGAACCGCCUAGGAAGAGGAGGCAGCUGUCGAAGUUCCAAGUUCCGAAGAAAUCCGGCAAAACUGAAAUCGGCACGGCCGAAGCGUGCCCUAUUCUUGCUCCACAAGCGAGUCAGGAUUUCGAGGCGUUGGACCAUGAGACCGACAGUGCGUGGAAAGAGACCGGAAAGUCGCAACGGACUUUGUCGAGACUACAAUCAGCUACGGAAGAGACAGCGCAGCAACUUCCCAGCCUUUCGUCUUCCCAGGACUUGUUGUCUGAUCAGACAGUGCACUACACUCUCAGACUGUCAACAAGCUGCAUGUCCUGGAAAUGGCUCAGACGUCUGCCGACGGCUCUGCUGUGCCAACGGGAUAAAAAAGAUCUCAGUGAUCCCGUGCGAGCUGCUGCUCUCGAAGCCUGCAGAGCUAACCUCCCCUGCCUCUUGGCCGACGAGAGCAAAGCGCUGGCCUGGCUUAGUGCGAUCGCUGCCAGCCUCUCCUGGUACGAGCUGGAAGGCCCCACAAGAGACUCUGGGCAGGACGAGGUUCAGGAUGUCCAAGAGUGGGACAAGGCUUAUGGAAGCUUGUGGCUGUUGCUCCAGCAGGGCGCGCUGCCUUCAUUCAGCAUCGAAGCAGAGCGUUUCUCGGUGCUUGUUUUCGGUGAAGGCGCUGGGACAUGGACAUCGCCGCCCGACGGGCAGCAAACAAAGCCUACUCGCGCCGAGCCUUUUGCGAUUCUGUGGCCUUCAAGCCGUGAAUUGAGGAGCAUGCUGCAGGAAAACCGUGUGUACUUUGACGUGGCACCUCCAGCACUGCAUCAGCAAGCUUCGACAGCUGAGCUGCCGAAAUCCUCGGCGGGUGACAGCGGUUGCGCUGGUGGCUCAAGUGCAGUUGUUCCGCUUGUUGAGGGGGGCACAAGUGCCGAGAACUGCGUGCCCCAGGCAACGAGGCAGGACUUAUUGGAAUUGCGACGUGACGGCGAGCGAGCAAAGACACCGGGAGAUGGAGAGCACGACUUCAAGAACAAAACGGCCUUGAGAUUUCAAGGGAGCUGGCGGGUCCACUUAUUGCUAAAUGCACUCCGACAGCACUUCCUGGGACACCCAAUGGCUUCUGCCGUCAAGAUGCCUCAGAAGUUGCCGAAGUUGCUGGCUCCUGCAUCCUUUGCCAAUUCAGCCGUGAAGUCGGUGCAAGUCGUGUCGCGCCAAGUCCGUUCAUGUCGGCAGAGCAGUGCGCCUGACGCAGACACCGAGCGAGGACAGAGCAGCCCGCCACCCGGCAGGCUCGAACGCGUUUACGCAGCUGGGGCAGAGGUGGCCGUCUGGGUCCAUCCCGAGAUGCAUGACAAGUUUCGACGAACUGGGACAG